GGUUGGGCCUACAAUAGAAAUAGAUAUAUAAAUAAGCUGCUUACUACUCUUCAACAUAUACCAAUUCAUUAGAAGCACCUAUUGAAUAUUACAAUCAAACAACAAAGAAUGGCCAAAAUUUACCCAAAUCUAGAAUCUACAACAUCAUCUCAGUCUCAUGAUGAUCAGUGGGUCAGUAAUAAAAGAGAGAGAUAUACUUUGUGGAUGAAAUCACUUGUUCUUCAUUCUAAUGGUUGCACUGUCUAUGAUUCAAAGGGUAACAUAGUUUAUAGAGUUGAUAACUAUGAUACAAAGGGUGGAAGAGAAAUUAAUCUCAUGAAUCUACAAGGCAAUGUCCUCUGUAUCAUCAAAAAGAGAUUACUAGCUUUUGGAUGUUGGGAAGGACACAGAUAUUACAGCAAUUCCAAUUCAAGAAGUCAUGAGGAUCAACCAUGGUUUCAAGUUAAUAGAUGUCUCACAGGUAAAAUAGCAUGUCAGAUUAAAGCUGGGUCCCAAAAUUUGUGCAUAGAAAGAAUGAGUAAUGGCAAAGCGUUUGGUUUUCAGAUAGUAAACAAAGAUGGAGAAAUGAUAGCAGAGGCAAAACAAAAACUAUCAUCCUCAGGAGUUGUUUUGAGUAAUGAUGUUCUAACGUUGGAUUUGGAAUCUGGAACAGAUCAUUGCCUUAUAAUGGCUUUGAUUACGGCAUACGGAUUGAUGUGCGGAAAAAUGUAGAAAUUAUAAACAAAUCAAUUCAUAUGUAGAACACGAUUCAGCAAACUUUUCUUCACGAUUACCAUAGUUUACUGUUUUGUAAAUAUUCUAAAUUUCUUUUUUGACGAUUUUUUACUUAAAGUAAAUUUUCCAAGGUUUUGUAAUAAUUAGUGCUUGGUUCAGUUUGAAUAAAAAAAUCAAGAUCAUUAGUUAUAUGUAUGACAACCUGUACUAUAAUUUUUAAUGAUUAUUGAUUUUAGAGCAACAACAUUUAUUAUUAAAUCUGAUACAAGAAAAAACAAUAGUACAGAUAUGGCACUAGCCACCACAAAACACGACCAACAACAAACACCAAUAAAAACACAAUCUACCAAUUUAUAACACCAGAAAGCCAACAUCAUACGUGCAUAUAUGUCCUAUUGUGUCUUUUAAACACUAAUACACACCACGAGAUUUAAAUUAUCAAAAUUAUGUGUA